UGAGCGCCCAGCCGCAGAGGAGCCUCUCCCCUCGGUUUAGACGGCGGCUUCUCCUCCGCCUCCUCCUCCUCCUCCUCUAGCAGCGCCUCGGCUGCCGCCGCCACCAUCACCGCCAGGAUGAGCACCUUCGGCUACGAGACCUAUUUCCCGUCGUACAAGCGGCGCUACGCGGAGAGCUCCCGGGUGCACCUGUCCAGCGCCCGCAGCAGCAGCGGCGGCGGCGGAGGCGGCUAUGGGGUGGCGCGCUCCACCUACUCCAGCCUGUCGGCGCCCGUCUCCUCGGUGUCGAUGCGCCGGAGCUACACGUCCUCCUCCUCCUCCUCGCUGCUGCCCGCGGUGGACAGCCUGGACCUCAGCCAGGUGGCGGCCAUCAGCAACGACCUGAAGACCAUCCGGAGCCAGGAGAAGGCGCAGCUGCAGGACCUGAACGACCGCUUCGCCUGCUUCAUCGAGCGCGUCCACGAGCUGGAGCAGCAGAACAAGGUCUUGGAGGCCGAGCUGCUGGUGCUGCGGCAGAAGCACUCGGAGCCGUCGAGGUUCCGCGCCCUCUACGAGCAGGAGAUCCGCGAGCUGCGCCUGGCCACCGAGGAGGCCACCCACGAGAAGCAGGCGCUGCAGGGCGAGCGGGAGAGCCUGGAGGAGACCCUGCGCGCCCUGCAGGCGCGCUACGAGGAGGAGAUCCUCAGCCGCGAGGAUGCCGAGGCCCGCCUGCUGGAGGUGCGCAAAGGCGCCGACGAGGCCGCGCUGGCCCGCGCCGAGUUGGAGAAGCGCAUCGACAGCCUGCUGGACGAGCUGGCCUUCCUGAAGAAGGUGCACGAGGAAGAGCUGGCCGAGCUCCAGGCCCAGAUCCAGUACGCGCACCUCUCCGUCGAGAUGGACGUCUCGGCCAAGCCCGACCUGUCCUCGGCGCUGCGGGACAUCCGCGCGCAGUACGAGAAGCUGGCGGCGCGCAACAUGCAGAACGCCGAGGAGUGGUUCCGCAGCCGCUUCACCGUCCUCACCGAGAGCGCCGCCAAGAACACCGACGCCGUCCGCGCCGCCAAGGACGAGGUCUCGGAGAGCCGACGCCUGCUCAAGGCCAAGACGCUGGAGAUCGAGGCCACCCGCGGCAUGAACGAGGCGCUGGAGAAGCAGAUGCAGGAGCUGGAGGAAAAGCAGAACGCCGACAUCGUCGCCCUCCAGGACACGGUUAAUAAAUUAGAAAAUGAACUGAGAACCACGAAAAGUGAAAUGGCUAGGUAUCUGAAAGAGUACCAGGAUCUUCUCAACGUGAAGAUGGCAUUGGACAUUGAAAUUGCAGCAUACAGAAAACUACUGGAAGGCGAAGAGACCCGGCUUAGUUUCACCAGCGUUGGAAGCAUAGGCAGUGGUUAUACGCAGAGCGGCAGCACCUUUGGAAGAUCCGCCUACAGUGGUUUACAGAGCAGCUCCUACUUGAUGUCUGCCCGUUCCUUUCCCGCCUACUACUCCAGCCAUGUGCAAGAAGAACAGAUAGAAGUUGAGGAAACUAUUGAGGCAUCCAAAGUAGAAGAGGCCAAAGAAUCUCCCCCUUCGGAAGGAGAGGAAGAGGGUGAAGAAGAGGAAGCUGGAGAAGAAGAAGAGGGAGAGGCAGAAGGAGAGGGAGAAGAAGGAGAAGGAGAGGAGGAAGGUGCCAAGGAAGAAGCUGAAGAAUCUAAAGAGGGCGAGGAGGAAGAGGCAGAAGGGGAGGGAGAGGGAGAAGAGGGAGGAGAUGAAGAGGCCGCUGAAGAAGCAGAGGAGGGAGAGAAAAAGGAAGGAGAAGAGGAGGAGGAGGAGACUGGUGGGAAAGAAGCAACUAAAGAGAAGAAGAAGGAUUGAUUGAAGACUGCGUAUCGGUUUCCCAGAUAGUUUAACUGACUGAGCUAAAAUUGCUGUACCACAUAUUUAAAUUCCCUUAUGUUCUUAAGUUUAAAGUUGAAUUGUCUCUUGGUUUGUGUUUUCCUUUUGAUGCAAAGUAACCUGAACGCUUGCAGAGUGCCCCACCAGCUGUGACCCAAAUGUGCCCGGUGGAUUCUUGAGAGUCCCAGAGCAUCAUGCAAUUUGGCGGAUGAAAUCAAUUGAGGUUUUUAAAAAAAUAAUAAUAAUUAUAAUUAUAAUUAUAAUAAGCAAAGCAGGGAGCUGCUGGUGGGGGGAAAAUAUGUCUAAGCUACAUUCAAAGUUACGGAAACCUUGGAUGGUGAAAUAAAAUGAAGUCUGUGCAAUCAAGCUAGUCAAUAAAAUUACAGAGCUGCAUACACAAA